UUAGGAGGAAAUUUUGCCAUGGGGGUGCAAAAGAAGCAUCCACCUGAGCAGUUAUUUUUAUCGCCAACCGUUCUCUAUUUUAUUUACCUUUUCAGCCUGUUCGCAGCCCAUUUAUUGGACAUUUAUUAUCAGCAGUGAUUUUCCACUGGGAUCAGUACAAAGAAAAGAUCCUGUUAGUGUAUAGGAAUUUUUGGGGUUUUUUUUACUGGGCCUCUAUCCUAUUUAGUGAUGGUGGUACGGGUGCCACUUAUUUGACCCCACCUUAACUUAACCAAAUCUGUGAAUGACUCUCCAGCCGAGGGCUUAAUUAGCAUACCCUGCCCUAUUCAAUGAGGGUACUGUAACCAAUGAGAAAAGUUUGUGAAUGCUGGACAGUCAACACUAUUUGUGACAGGGACACAGAGGCAGUCAUAAAAGAGCUGACUAACAUAAUAGAAAACUUGCACUAACAGUAGGGUGAAUCAACAGGUAACGCUGUUGUUAGCUCGCUAAGACUGGAAAAGUUUGCUACAGCUCACUGCAUUUUGCAUUACAUUGGAGGAGGAUUUGAAUAACAAAAAAGGGCAAACUCCUUUGAAAAUCUUUUCUUUGCUCUAUAACUAUUGACAUAACUGAGUUUAUUUGGCGACACACUUUAUUAGAGCUAGCUGCUCGUUUGGAGAUCGCAAAGGGACCCUGGAAAAGUAAUCGGAACAGAGCAGUGGACAUUUAAAGCCAGCUUUCAGCGGAUCCACAGGACACCAUGGAGAAGACUGAUAUGUCUCCAGAUGGAGAGACUGUGGAGGUUUCCUCCCUGGUGACAGAGGGAGAUGAGAAUAAAGAGCGAGGAAACUGGGGUGGCAAGCUCGACUUCAUCCUCUCCUGCAUUGGGUAUGCCGUGGGCUUGGGUAACGUGUGGCGAUUCCCUUUCCUGGCCUACAGGAGUGGCGGAGGUGCCUUUCUCAUUCCGUAUGCCAUUAUGUUGUUUUGUGCUGGAUUACCCUUGUUUUUCUUGGAGUUGUCCUUUGGUCAGUUUGCAUCUCUUGGACCCAUCACCAUUUGGAGAAUAAACCCAUUCUUCAAAGGUUUGGGAUUUGCUAUGGUGAUUAUCAGUGGCCUGGUGGCAGUCUAUUACAACGUCAUCAUUGCCUGGGCACUGUUCUACUUAUUUGCGUCGUUCACGUCCGAGCUGCCCUGGCAGACCUGUGACCACGAGUGGAACACCCCGAAUUGUGUAACCAAGUUCAAAGGUGGCAAUGGCUCAGAAGCUUCAUCACGCUUUGGAAUAGUUACAUGGUGUAAUGCCACACUUAAUGUCACCAGCAACUGCACCGUGUACAAGCCAGUCACCCCUAGUGAAGAGUAUUGGGAUAACUAUGUCCUGCAGCGAUCUACUGGAAUUGAUGAAACUGGAACUAUUCGCUGGCAACUGGCUUUGUGCUUGCUUCUGGCCUGGAUCAUCAUUUACCUGUGUCUUAUCAAAGGAAUCAAGUCCUCUGGCAAGGUGGUGUAUGUGACAGCUACCUUUCCCUAUGUUGUGCUGGUUAUUCUGCUGGUUAGAGGAUGCACCCUAGAUGGCGCUUUGGAUGGUAUUCUUUUCUACAUCACUCCCAAGUGGGAUAAACUGCUGACAGCUCAGGUCUGGGGAGAUGCAGCAACACAAAUUUUCUAUUCUUUGGGCGUGGCCUUUGGAGCUUUGCACACCAUGUCCAGUUACAACAAGUUCCACAAUAACUGUUACAGAGAUGCCCUGAUAGUGGCCAUUAUCAACUGUUGCACCAGUGUGUUUGCUGGCUUUGUCAUCUUCUCUGUCAUUGGCUUCAUGGCCUAUGAUGCCGGACUCCCUGUGGAGAAGGUGGCCACAAGCGGGCCUGGUUUGGCCUUUGUGGUCUACCCAGAGGGUAUUGCCAGGAUGCCUGUGGCUCCCCUGUGGUCCAUUCUGUUCUUCUUGAUGUUACUGACCCUUGGAUUGGACAGUCAGUUUGCUAUGACAGAUGUUGUGUUGAGUGGUUUGUCAGAUGAGUACCCAUUUUUGAGGAAACAUCACACUAUUUUCUUUGCCCUUAUUUGUGUCGUAUGGUUCCUCCUUGGUUUGCCUAUGGUCCUAAAUAGUGGAAUUUACUGGUUCACCUUGAUUGAUUGGUACUGCGCAAGCCAGUCCCUCAUGAUAGUUGGCCUGUUUGAAGUGAUUGCAAUCAACUGGAUCUAUGGAUACAACAACUUUGCUGAAGACAUCAAAAUGAUGCUGGGAUUCAAGCCUAAUAUUUACUGGAGAGUGAUGUGGAUGGGAGUCACACCAGCUUUUAUUCUUGCUAUCCUUAUAUUCAUGUCUGUCCAGUAUACCCCAGUGUAUUACCAGGACUACCAGUAUCCACCGUGGGCUGUGGCCAUUGGUUGGCUUAUGGUAGUGGCUGCCGUGGCAAUGCUUCCACUCUUCAUGUUGAUUAAGUGCCUCCAGUCUUCAAUGUGCAGAAGGGCACUGAAGGACGUCACCUCACCUCAGGCCGACUGGGGUCCAGCUGUCGAACAGUUCCGCACAGGAAGAUAUGCUGAAAUGACAGAGAUGAAUGGCCAGAAUGGUAUGGACAACAAAGGUUACCAAGGAAGUGUGGACACUGUAGCUACCACCAAAAUGUAGACAUUUUCAAGGCAUUUAAAAAAGAAGCAGUAAAAUGUAAAUGGCAAUAGCCCUUGCCUGAACUUUUUACAGUUUGAAGGCUUAGAUGCACAUAUAAAAUUCUACAUCAGUCGGACAGAUUUCCCCUGCAAAAAUUAGUUUCUUUUAAUGUUCACUUACGGUUCUCAAUCUAUUCUACAACAUUUGUUUGUUUGUUUUUCUUUUAUGGUUCCAAUGUUGUUCUGUGAUGAAUGUAACAGUUUGAGACCUUUUUUUUUUUUUUUUGAAGUCUUUCAGAAUGUCCUAGAACAGAUUAAAUACAUUUUUC